GUGGCAAAAUACGGGCCAUUUUCAAAGAUUUUAGGGUGUCAAUCAAUAAUACUGUGAACAGAGUCAAUUUCAUACUGCACCAUUUCCAACGAGCGGGAAGCAUUCCAGAUCUACCCCAAAGCAAUCCAUUUCAAUUUGAAAACAAUGCAGAGUUUGAUCAACUUUGAGCAAAAAACCCUGUAUCACUGAGCCACCCUGUAUUACCAGAUCCACAUACACCUUGGUUGGGGUCAUUUUUGGCAUACCUGUGUCAUGGUUUGUUUACGUUUUGUACGUUCAUUGUAGGUGUGAUUUUAUCAAAUUACUGCAUUAUUAAAGUGAUUGUUAAGAAAAAUGCAUGCAGUGAAUGUGAUUUACAGAAGUUCGAAUAGUUAGGAAUGGUGUGCUGUGCUGUACUUUUUAGAUUUGUGAAAAUUAGAAGGUGAAAAGCAGAACUAUGUGGCAAUAUUUACUUUUUUCUACGCAGUUAUAAUCAUCAACUAGGCACAAAUUUGCAAUACAAGCGCUUAUUAAACACAAACUGAGAAAACAUGAGCUGGUUUGAUACGACGGGCAUAGCCAAUUUGGCGAAAAAUGCACUUAAAGAGGCGCAAAAACAGAUUGAUAAAGCGCUUGAUAUCAAAGAUGAAGAAGAAACAGUGGGUCUGUCUGAGACAGGUACUUCUGCAGAAGAUAGUGACGAUGAUAUGGUAAGGAACACCCCUACCCAGUCCGACGUUUCUACCAACCCAGUGGCUGUAAGCAAUAGUAAAAUCGCAUCUAACACGCUAAGCACGUCUUUUGAGGCAACUGAUGGCUCGUUUUUCGAUCAACCGGCUAACAAUUCCAGCACCGUCACCAAACCACCAUCCAGCUUGAAGUGUAGAAGUUUUGAAGAUUCAAAAAAUGCCACUAUGUUAAGUUCACCGGCCACUGAAGUUGAUACCUCAGAGUCAAUUGAAGUGUUAACACCCGUCACUAAUUCCGGUUCGGCCCUCACAUCGCCCAGUCGACGAUCAUCUGGAGCAAACACGAUGCAUGAUGAUGAAGAAUCCGAAUCGAUUGAAGUUAUCGGUACCCUCGAAAUGUCACCAAUUGCUACGCCAGAAUCGAUAGAUACAACCGAACCAAACAAAUACGCCGAAACACAUCAGGAUCAGCCGGCCAGUGUCUUACCAAAUCAUCGUGAGAAAGACGAGGAUGAGCUAAGCGUUGAGGACGAUUCCAUUUCCAAUACACUGUCCGAACAAACGAUCACCGUUCUGGAAAGUGAUGUAAAUUUACUGCCCAUUACGGUGGCUCCGGGUCGUAGCAAGCAUCAGUUUUCAAUUUCCAAUACGCUGCCCGUAAACGUUGUUAGUGUUGAGUGUCAGGCACUGAACAAAUCAGGCGAGAAGUGUACCGAUUCGGUUGCGCAAUCAAGUUCACUUUCAGCGAACACCUAUUCGGAAGCAAAACCUGUCACAGAAACGAAAUCGGAACAUGGCUUGGAGCAGAGCUAUGAGAGCAUCGAAUCACAAACACAAAUAUCUGAUAUGGCACACAGUUUUGAGGAAAUAAGAUCCGGAAGCAAUGAUAUGGAUGGUCAUACAACGGCAAGCAGCUCGACAGUGCAACUCGAAAACUCAGGACAAUUCUCUGAUGCGGUAUUGGAAUCGCCGGAUGGUCCCGGGUGUAGUCAAAGUUUGUUUCAAAGUUUAGGUGACGAUGAGAUCGAAACAACUACUUCCUCUGAUAUAGAGAUCAUCUCUAGCCCGAAUGGGGGCGAUUCUAGUAGUACCCAUAGCGGAGCCUAUCGCACCAGCCCACUGAAGAUAAGCGAUGGAAAGGGUGAAAAUUUUGACAUGCUGCUAAUCAAAAAACGACGCGGGCAUACGCGCGAACCAUCUGAAAUUUCCGUCAACAGUGGCAAUAGUGACGAUUCGGGCCAUUUGCCCGAAACGGAACGGUUAAUGCGACGGCUAGUUGAGGUAUCGGAAACACUUGAACAACGCGAAUACAGGCUGGUAGAACUUGGAAGACAAAACGCAGAACUCACUGAACAAAACUUUCAGUUAACAGCACAACUUGAAAGCAAAGCUAAACGGGACGGAGCAUCGGAUCCAGAUGGGUAUAUGCAGCGUUUAUCUGCACUGGAGCGUAAAUUUCAGCAAUCCAUUCGUGAAAAGGAAAAUCUAAAAUCGAAACUUGAAGCGCUCAGAACGGAAGCUAAGGAAAGGGUUGCCAAAAGCGAAAUGGAUAAAGCACUGGUCGAGCGUGAUUUUAUGAUUAAUGAACUGCAGAAGGAAGGUGAAAGUCUUUCGAAGCAAGUACUGCAACAUUCAAACAUCAUUAAGAAAUUACGAGCAAAGGAAAAGGAAAGCGAUACGCUGAUACGCCGACAGUGUGACGAAAUCAACGAACUAACGCAAGAGACCGAGCGGCUAAAGCGUUCAUUAUCGGCAAAGGACGAAGUGGAACGGUCACAGAUCGAUGCCGUGCACAAGUUAACAUCGGAAAAACGUAAACUGGAACGUGAAUGUGCCAUUCUCAAUGGGAAUUUAGAUGAUCAAACACAAAAAUAUGAAAGUCUCCGCAAAUCGUUUGAAUGUGCCCGUAAGGAGCUGAAUGAAAAGGUGGAAUCAUGUCAGGAUUUGCAGAACAGAUUGACGAAACUGCAGAACUGUGAGGCAGAGUAUUUGUCUUUCCAAAGAACUAACAAAACGCUGAUCGAGCAAAUGGAAGAACUGCGUGAACAGCUACGCCGUACGGAGCGGGAAAAUGAGCAUCGGUUGAUUCGCGCAAAGAAUGAACACGUGGAACUGUUGCGCCGUCUGGAAGCAUCGGAAACGCGUGCCGAGGAGGAAAAAAAUGCAUCCGCUCUGCUGACGGUGCCGCUGAUGAAGCAACUUGAAUCGUUGCAGUCCAGCAUAAGACACAAGGAACGUAUCUGGGAACAACGAGACACUUCCUUUACGCAACAAUUGGCGGAAGCGUUAGAACGUGUUAAGUUGAUCACGGAGAAGGAAGUGACACAGCGUAAUAUAAUUGCCACCUUGCAGGAUCGCAUCGUUCAGCUAGAAGAGCGUUUAACGGAAACUCUUAUUCAAACGGAAGAGGCGUUAACUAGCUUACAACAAAAAACCCAAGAAACUGAAUUACUUGAACAAGAAUAUCGAAAACGACUGGCAGCAUGUGAAGAGAGGCAAGCUUCUCAACGGAUGAAGGAAUGUGUGCAAAAGCAAGAGGUUUCCACGGAAUGUCAACAAUCAACAUCGUCACCAAAUAAUGAUUGUACAGACAAAGUUAUAGCCGAGGAAGUGGGAACAUUAGAGGAUGAUCCUAAUGAUGGGAAACUACAAGUCGAUAUUAAUGCCACGUUACAGACUGGAUUUGCCAGUAGGCAUGCGGAGGAGACCUCUCCUACUCCUAGCAUGGGCAAUUUAUCUCUACCAGAUUCGCUGAACAGCAUUCCAUGGAAUACGGCCGAAGAUAACCACGGUGUAACGUCGGUUGAAAGGAGCGUGCCGCCUGCCGAUAGUAUAGGUGAGGUUGGAUAUAAUCCAUCGAUUAUGUUCAACAACACGUCACUGCUCGAAACGUUACAGUCGACGCUAAAGCAACGAGACGGUGAGGUAUAUCAACUGCAAUGGGAAGUUUCUCGGUUUCAACAAGAGCGCAACGUGCUUAGUUCGGAAAUUUCCAAUCUCACUAUGGAAUUAGAUAACGUUCGGGAACGUUUUGAGCGGAGCAUUCGUUUGGAGGAGGAACUUAAAGAUUUGCAGAACCGGUAUGAUGCAUUGCUCCAGAUGUACGGUGAAUCGGUAGAAAAAACGGAAGAGUUACAGCUAGAUUUAUCCGAUGUGAAAGAAAUGUAUAAAAUACAGAUCGAUGAUCUGCUAAAGCGACAGCGUGAUCUAAUUGCUUCUAUGAACCAUCACCCUUCCUCACUAGCAUCACCUUCAGCUGGUAAUAACUGCUAAGCUAUUGUAAUCGUUGCACUAUUCCCUUAUUUUUAAACUGAAUAUGUCUAAUUGUACCACACGUCUUAGUCUACGGCUGUUUUACCUACUGGUGGAUUUUAAAUCGAUAGGUUUUUAACUUUGUUUGAAUUCGUGAUAUGAAAGCUUAAUGUGCAAGUUAUCUCCCGAAAUCUAUUACUACAGAUGUUUGGUAAAUAAAUUAAACUAGAUCAGCAAAAAA